AUGGCUCUCGAGACUCUCAACUCUCCGACUUCAGCCACCGCCGCCUCCGCUCGGCCUCUUCUCCGGUACCGUGAAGAAAUGGAGCCGGAGAAUCUCGAGCAAUGGGCUAAAAGAAAACGCACCAAACGUCAACGUUUUGAUCAGAACCGUCACAAUCAAGAAACGUCUCCUCCUUCAGAAGAAGAGUAUCUCGCUCUUUGUCUCCUCAUGCUCGCUCGUGGCUCCACCGUGAAAUCUCCUCUUCCUCCGUCACCGUCCCAAGAUCACCGUGGCUACAAGUGUACGGUCUGUGGAAAGUCGUUUUCCUCGUACCAAGCCUUAGGUGGACACAAGACGAGUCACCGUAAACCAGCGAGUAACGUUAACGUUAACAGCAGCCAAGAAGAGCCGUCUAAUAACAGUAGAUACGUUGUUAUCAACGGUAACGGUGUUAGUCAAAGCGGGAAGAUUCACACUUGCUCGAUCUGUUUCAAGUCGUUUCCGUCUGGCCAAGCGUUGGGUGGACACAAACGGUGUCACUAUGACGGUAACGGUAACGGUAACGGUAGUAGCAGCAGCAACAGCGUGGGAGUCAUAGGUUCUAGUGACGUCAGCUAUGUGGAUGAUGAAAGAUCGUCAGAACAAAGCGCGAUCGGUGACCACCGUGGUUUUGACUUGAAUUUACCGGCUGAUCAAGUUGUGAUGUCUUAACGUUGACUAGGCUCGAGAUAAAAGUCAACUUUCAAGCGAGAGGAAAUGGUGAAGAUUUUAACAGUCGUUUCUUCUUACCAGUUGCUUCAGCUUGACUGAGUCUGUAAUGAAAGUGAUUGGAGUGGACUUGGGGCAAUUUUCAGUUUCAUUAUUAUUAUUAUUUUUUUUUUAAUUGAAAUGUUUAUUUGUUGUUGGACUUGUUUAUAGAUAGAGGAAACCAUUGGGAAUAAUACAGAGAUGGAUGAUUGGAUCUUACACGUUAUAAUAUUUUAGUGAAUUUCUUUUUUAUUUUAUUUUUCGUAAUUUGUACUUAAUUUGCUUCCGCAAGCAAAGGAAAGCCACUU